AUGGGCGAGGAAGGAAUGGCGGAAGAGAGGAUGAUUCGAGAACCGGGUGGUUUACCUUUCACCAGGAUGCGCUUCAAAGCUUUGGUGUUUCUGUGGAGUACAGCAUCGUCGUCCACGGCUGUAUCGCGCCCGUUACUGCCGUAUGUGACGCACUACAGCGAUUCGGGCUUCUCGAGCACAUUAAGCAGUGGGUCGAGCUGUUCCUUCUUACCACCACCGCCACCGUAUCGUGGAUUUCGCGGAUCAGCCAAGCAACAGCAUCGGAUUCAUCGUAGCCUGAGCGAUUCUAAAUACGGCUCGACGACUGGCUGUCAUCUGAUGAGGCUUCCAGCUGGUCCAUGUGCUGGUAGCGUCAAUUUGCAGGAAUUAUGUCGUGCCCCACGUGCUAGUAGCUGGACAUCCAGGGUAAGUACAUUUCUACUGCUCCAUUUCAAAUGA